UGUUCAGAGCUACCAACAUAACCGUGCAUCCACCAUUAUUGGGGCAGCUGAUGUUUGUUUGAGAAAAGACUUUUGUCUGUAAAACGCGUUAAAAGUCCUAAAAUGGGUGCAUCAUUCGUUCCCAUCACCAUUUUCACCGUCUUCUGGGGGGUCAUUGGUAUUGUGUGCCCCUUCUUCGCGCCCAAAGGACCUAACCGAGGGAUUAUCCAAGUGGUGUUGAUGUUAACAGCGGCUACGUGCUGGUUGUUCUGGUUGUGUGCGUACAUGGCACAAAUGAAUCCUCUCGUCGGACCGAGACUCAGCAACGAAACUCUCAUCUGGAUAGCUCGCACAUGGGGUAACCCAUACAACAAGUAAGGAGGGAAAAUAUAUAAUGUAUUAAUAAAAAUCGAAUCGUUAAGAAAAAUAUUUAAUUCCCUAUCAUGUUUUCGUUGCCAACAUUCCAAUAUGCAUCGGAAUAAUUCAGUUGUAAGUUAUUUUAUCUGUAUUAUAUGUAGAUAAAUGUAUCAAUAAAAUUGUUUCAAUAGUUAAACAAA